UGGAAAAAGUUUAUGUCUUAAGGGACCAGUGUUUAAUCUACCGAAAAUUGGAAGGAAAUGGCGAAGCACAGAUAAGGGGCAAAUACAAGAGGGGAAAACUUUUUUUUUUUCAACACACUGUAUAAGUGUUAAAAGAAGGAUUUGGGGAAAGUCACUGCACUGACCGCUCGUUCAUGCCACAGGUUUUUAGUGCCAUGCAGAAAGGAAAAUACUUGUUUUGUUAGUUACUACCAAAGUCAAUUAUUUAGGUAAGCCAAGUUACAAACAGGAGGAGCGCUAUUUAGAGUUAUAUCUGAUUUGUACUAAAGCUGCUAAUUACAACUUUGGACGCCUGAGGGAAACAAGACAAAAGAAUACACCUAAAAAAAGUCAGAUGAGGCUGGAGACCGCUAGAAUGGACCUGUUCAGAAGAUUAUGGACGGCUCGGAAGCUCAUUGUCGUGGUGAUGAUUCCGCUGUCUCUACUGCCCCUGCCGCUUAUCCACCCGAGCAGUGAAUCAUCCUGUGCCUAUGUGCUGAUCGUGACAGCUGUGUAUUGGGUAUCUGAGGCUGUGCCCCUGGGAGCUGCUGCAUUGGUGCCAGCCUUCUUGUACCCACUGUUUGGGGUCCUCAAAUCAAGUGAGGUGGCAUCAGAAUACUUUAAGGACACAACCCUAUUGCUUAUGGGAGUUAUAUGUCUGGCAGCCUCCAUAGAAAAGUGGAACCUGCACAAACGUAUUGCUCUCCGUAUGGUCAUGAUAGCUGGGGCCAAACCUGGAAUGUUGGUUUUGGGUUUCAUGUGCUGCACAGUGUUUCUGUCCAUGUGGCUGAGUAACACCUCCACCACUGCCAUGGUGAUGCCUAUCGCUGAAGCUGUACUCCAGCAGCUUAUCUACACUGGCAUCGCUGACUCUCACGAUGACUCUGACACUGUGGAGACACAAGAAGAUGAAAGUGAUAAAGAAGAGACACUUCAGAAGAAUCAACUUGAGCUUUUUUACCACAAAUACAGCUGUGAAAAACCAGAACUUUGCAUGACUGAGGAAGCUAAUGGUCUUGCACUGAAGUCAGGUCUGGGAGCAAAUCUUCCAAUUCAGACAAAUGGAUAUUUACCUGAGACUCCAAUUGACAUGCCUGUUCCAAAGAAACCGAAAAUUCGGAGAGACUCCUUGUACCCUACCAAGAGGGACCACAUGAUCUGCAAGUGCCUGUCUCUCAGCAUCACGUAUGCAGCCACAAUCGGCGGUCUAAUCACCAUCACUGGCACCUCCACUAACCUCAUCUUUGCAGAACAGUUCAAUAAUCGAUACCCAGAGGCAAAAGUCAUCAACUUUGGCACAUGGUUCAUCUUCAGCCUGCCGAUUGCUCUUAUUAUGUUGGUGUUAACUUGGAUCUGGCUUCACUGUCUGUUCCUUGGAUGCAAUUUCAGAGAAACUUGUUCUUGGAGUAAGAAACGUAAAACCAAACGUGAAAUCCUCUCAGAGAAAAGGAUCCAUGAAGAAUACCAAAAGCUUGGUCCCAUCAGCUAUCCUGAGGUUGUGACUGGCGUUUUCUUCAUUUUGAUGACUCUUCUGUGGUUCACAAGAGAACCAGGAUUUGUUCCAGGCUGGACAUCCCUGUUUGAGAAGAAAGGCUACAGGACUGACGCCACAGUCUCUGUGCUGUUGGGCUUCCUACUUUUCCUCAUCCCUGCACGCAAGCCAUGGCCAUCUGCGUUCUUUAACAAGUGCAAAGUAGAUGAUGAUGAUGAUGAAGAGGAUGAGGAAGAUCCCUUGGCUCCCAUGAUCACUUGGAAAGACUUCCUAAGAUUGAUGCCAUGGGAAAUUGUAAUUCUGGUUGGAGGAGGUUAUGCACUGGCAGCAGGGUGUAAGGUAUCAGGGUUGUCCAUGUGGAUCGGUCGACAACUGGAACCAAUGAGCGGCCUACCCCCAUGGGCCGUCACACUGCUGGCUUGCCUGCUGGUGUCUGCAGUGACCGAGUUUGCCAGCAACCCUGCCACCCUCACAGUGUUCCUGCCAAUCCUGUCUGCCUUGUCAGAGACUCUACAGAUAAACCCUCUGCACACUCUCAUCCCAGCAACAAUGUGCGUGUCCUUUGGAGUAAUGCUGCCUGUUGGAAACCCACCCAACGCAAUUGUGUUCAGCUAUGGGCAUGUGCAGAUUAGCGACAUGGUUAAAGCUGGUUUUGGAGUCAAUCUGAUUGGUGUUCUGGUGGUCAUGCUGGCAAUAACAACAUGGGGUGUGCCCCUUUUUCAACUGACAGAGUUCCCUGCUUGGGCUGUAAUGAGAAAUGUUACUGGCAGCUUGUAGCAAAAAAGCAUUUUCCUUCCACAGAAAAUGAUAAAGGACACAUUGAAUGUAUGCCGAAAAGGUCUAUUUUUUAUUUUCUUAUGAUGGCCUCAGUUUGUGUUCUUGUGCAAAGUGCUAAAAGUGAUUUCUUUGCCUUAGUGAAUACAGGGAGUAUUAAGGCAUUUACUUUGGAAAUGUAAACAAACUACACAGUUUGCAUGAAGAAAGGUUAUUACAAGUUAUUUACAUAUCAGGGCUGUAAUAUGUCUUGAGGUGUAGUUUUGGCAUUUAGACUGAGAGAAAAAGUUGUUUAAUUUUACACUGUCUACAAUUAACUAACAAUAGGAAACCUAAAUCUCUUAUUUACGUUUUUGUACUGACUGAAUGCAAAAAGUCUUGUUUAACAGAUUUGCUUCUAGAUAUUUAGCAAAUAAAAUUUAACAAUUUAAUAUGUUUUUUUUCAGCCUGUGAAAUUACAGAAUCAGGAAAAAAAAAACAAUUGUGUUAUUACUUACAGACCAUUAACUACUGUAAAUAUAUACUGAAAUGCUUUAUUACAAUAUGAAUGAAAUCAACAGUGAAUCUAUGUAAAAUUUAAUUUAUCUGCAACAAACCUAUGUUCCACAAAAAAUAUAUAUUUUCAAACCAAAAUAAAAAGUACUGCCAGUGACUUGUAUUAAUAUCACACAUCUUUGAGGCAUUUUAAGUCACAUAAUUCAAUAAUUCACAGAAUGUGCAAAGAAACUGCUGCAUCUUAAAACAACCACAUGUAAUGGGGAUGCACAGGCUGUAGAAAUCUGAAGGGACUCUUGCCAUUGUGACCACAGCAGAGGUAUUCCAGGCUCCAGCAUUGUUGCCCAUGUACAGUCCGAUGUUCUAUAACUUUGGUGCCCCCUCUUUAGGUUUGUAUCCCUCUUUGUCAAUUUUUUCCUUGUACUUCAGAUAGUCUCUUCGCUUGUUGAAGUACUUCACCUGUCAAUGCAAAAUAGUACACACUUGGACUCUUUUCUUUUUAACAGUGUAAAUACAUUGUAAAGUUAGUGUUAUCUGGAUUAAAAUCACUUGGUGGGUAGUACAUCACACUGCAUGUAUAAUGUU